AUGAGUGGAGCUGGGAAAAAGGCUGUCGGAGUACCGUCUGGUGGUGUCGGGGAAUGGAUCAGUACCGCAUAUCGGUUCGCUACAGAUAGGAAUGAUUUUAGAAGGUAGUUAUGAUUAAACAUAAAUAUUUCGUAAUGUAACAUUCGCAUAGUAGCUAGCCCCACACACACACAAGUGUCAGAGUCAACGUGUAACUAACUCAGUGAAUUAAUUAAUUAUUGUCUCCAGUGAUUUAUUCAUAAAGAUCCUUUUGUUGUAUAUAAUUAUAUGAAUUCAUUGUUUAAUGUGUCUUUAUGUAGGAACCUACUGGUCAACCUGGGCCUUUUUGCAGCUGGAGUUUGGGUUGCCAGGAAUCUCUCAGAUUUUGACCUGAUGUCCCCUCAACCAAUCACGUAG